GGGCGUGGCUUCCCGCAGGGGACGGCCCUCCCGAGUCAGCCAUCUUUCAAUUGUGCUCUCAGCCGCCGCCGACGAGGACGCUCCUCCUUCUCCUUUUCCAGCGCCGCUUCGCUUCUUCUUCGGCAGCCGCGCUCGCUCUGAAGCGGACGGGAGUGAUCGCCUGGGCGGUUUCUCCUCCUCCUCCACCUUCUCCUUGCCGAGCGAGCGGCGCCAGAGAGGAGGCCAACUUCCUCGGCAGCAGCAGCAGCAGCAGCAGAGGCGGCCAUGGCUCGUACCAAGCAAACGGCCCGCAAGUCCACCGGAGGGAAGGCGCCCCGGAAGCAGCUGGCCACCAAAGCCGCCCGCAAGAGCGCGCCCUCUACCGGCGGGGUCAAGAAGCCGCAUCGCUACAGGCCAGGUACUGUGGCUCUUCGUGAAAUCAGGCGUUAUCAGAAGUCAACUGAACUCCUGAUCCGCAAACUUCCUUUUCAGCGCCUGGUGCGUGAAAUUGCUCAGGACUUCAAAACAGAUCUGCGUUUCCAGAGCGCAGCUAUUGGUGCUUUACAGGAGGCAAGCGAGGCCUACCUGGUUGGCCUGUUUGAAGACACCAACCUGUGUGCUAUCCACGCCAAACGUGUCACAAUCAUGCCAAAAGAUAUCCAGCUAGCACGCCGCAUACGUGGAGAGCGUGCUUAAAUUCUAUUAAGAUGGAUUUGUCAUUCUCAAAACAAAUAAAAUCUCUUCUUCCUGUUUAUUGGUAGUAAUGAACGUUAGAUUUUUUUCCAUGGGGUUAAAAGGUACCUAAGUAUAUGGUUGCAAAUGGAAAAAUAGAGGACAGAAUCGGGUAUUGGCAAGGUUUUUUUUUUUUUUCAUUUGUGUGUGGAUUUUUAAUAUAAACGUGGGGACAUAUAAAGCAUUAUUGCUAUCAAAAACCAUUUCCGUGAACAAAUAUCAGCAGUUCAACUUUAUAAUAAUUAUAAAUAUAUGCCAGUCAAAUUUUUCUGGACAAUGCCAGCAUUGGAUUUUUUAAAAAAUGGGUAAAAUUUCUUAUUGAUGGCAACUAUAUGGUGUCUGUAACAUUUUUAUCAUACAGUAGAUUCCAUCCAUUCACUAUACUUUUCUAACUAAGUUGUCCUACAUGCAAAUACAUGUUUUUAAUGUUGUCUGUCUUCUGUGCUGUUCCUGUAAGUUUGCUAUUAAAAUACAUGAAAUAA